CGAGCCCCGGUUGCCACAGAGAGAUUUUCCGCCCGUAACCUCGCAGGGAAAGCUCUGUGUCUAGUCAACACCGUGCACACAGAAGCAUGUAGGUAGGUGUGCCUCUAGGAGCCAGCCGUGGUAGUUGUUGUCCAAGAAAAGAAAUGUUACAGCCUGUACAAAAUAUAUUCCUGCUACGGUUUGUAUCUUCUUUCUGCGGCUUGCUGAAUACUUAAAUUCCCUUUGGCACGUUAGCAGGGCUGUUCAGGUACUUUGCACUUUGUUUCGUAAGUGAAUAAGUGCUUUUCUUUCUUUGUGUAUUGAGUUGCUUUUGAAUUGCUUCCCAUAUUUUUAUUUCAUACAAACUGAACAAUUGUGGCCCCUCUAUUUUAUUUAUAAAGGUUCAGUGUAUCUUUGCCUGCCUACAUCAAUCUGCAAGGGAGUUGCAGAAAAGCCUCAUGUUCAUCGAGCCGUGAGUCACAACCAAUUUUUAAAGCUGUUAUAACAAAAAAAAAAGUGUUUGCUUUUUUUUUCACAAGUAACUUUAAAAGUGUAGCUUAGAAAGAAAAAAAAAAACAUUUUCAGUAGACACAACAUUAUUCCUGGAUGCUUGCAAAUCCUAAAUUAUAUUCAUACGUUAGUAUUACACAUACCUGUGUCAUAUACACAGAUUAGCUUUAAAAUUGUCACAUACCAUUACCAGUUUGCCUUUACUUUUAUGUAUCAUUCCCCUAACUUCCUUACUGCAGGUGUGGGCAAGAAAACUUUUCCUUUAAAACUUUUCAACAGUGAGCAUAAAAUUCUGCAGCUGAGGUCUUGAAGAAUGCAGAUGGGAGAUGAAACCAGACAAAGGGUGAAGUUCACAGAUGAUCGCGUUUGCAAGAGCCACCUUCUGGAUUGCUGUCCUCAUGAUAUCCUGGCAGGAACACGUAUGGACCUGGGAGAAUGCACAAAGAUUCAUGACUUGGCUUUGCGAGCAGAUUAUGAGAUUGCAAGUAAAGAGAGAGACCUGUUUUUUGAGCUGGAUGCUAUGGAUCACCUGGAGUCCUUCAUUGCAGAGUGUGAUAGGAGAACAGAACUGGCUAAGAAACGCCUGGCUGAGACACAGGAAGAGAUUAGUGCUGAAGUGUCUGCAAAGGCAGAGAAAGUACAUGAGCUGAAUGAAGACAUUGGAAAACUCCUAGCUAAAGCUGAACAGCUGGGAGCUGAAGGAAAUGUUGACGAGUCUCAAAAGAUCCUGAUGGAAGUGGAGAAGGUCCGAGCCAAAAAGAAAGAGGCGGAGGAAGAAUACCGAAAUUCAAUGCCUGCAUCCAGUUUCCAGCAGCAGAAGCUGCGUGUAUGUGAAGUCUGUUCUGCAUAUCUUGGUCUCCAUGACAACGACAGGCGUCUUGCUGACCACUUUGGAGGCAAAUUACACUUGGGCUUCAUUCAGAUUCGUGAGAAACUGGAUCAGCUGAGGAAAACAGUGGCAGAAAAGCAAGAGAAAAGAAACCAGGAUCGCUUGAGGCGGAGAGAAGAGAGAGAACGGGAGGAGAGAAUGGGCAGGCGGUCUGGAUCAAGAAAUAGAGAUCGUCGAAGAUCACGGUCUCGGGAGAGGCGGCGAAGGCGCUCGAGAUCCGCUUCCCGUGAAAGGCGGAAGUCUCGUUCCAGGUCCCGAGACCGACACAGACGCCACCGGAGCCGUUCCCGCAGCCACAGCAGAGGUCACCGACGGGGGUCCAGAGACAGGAGCUCAAAACACAAAAAAGAAGUUUGGACAAUUAGGAAGUGAGGAAGACCCUGUAAUAACUAUUACUAAAGAGCAGAUCCUCUAGAGAUCGAUCUUCAAGAGAAAAGUCCCGAGACAGAGAGAGGAAAGAGAAGAGCUCUUCUGAGAGACGGCACGAGAGCACAAAUGGCAAAUCUCGUUCCAAGAGAUCAGAAGAGAGAGAAGCUGGCGAGAUCUGAACUCAAACGAUCUGUGUUGCACUGUAAAUAGUCUGAUAAACAUUCUACACAAAGCCUAAAUUUCCCAUUUAUAUUUACUGAAUACAACUCAUCUUUUGUAGUUUUGAAUUUUUAUUGUUUGGCAGAUAGCUGUGAGUUUGUAGAGACACAGAGUUACGUACUGUUUAACAGGAUUUUGUUUUAGUAGGAAUAAAUAAAUCUGACGGAUCAUUUUCAAUACAGGCCAGUGGUUCACACACUGUUUGUCAUGACCCAAUGAACGCGGCAGUUAGUUAAUGCUGUGGUUGGAAACCUGACCUGCUGUAAUGUUUGUAACAGUUAUGCUCUUUCCAGAACGUCUCCCUGACCCUUCGCACAAUUGGAGUUUGAGAAAUCAGUAGCACUGGCUCUAACUUGAUUCAUUUUUUUUCCCUUCUGUUUGUACAAGUUAAAAGGAAUUCAUAUUUCUUUUUAAAUGCUUAACCACCUCAUUUUUGUGUCUGCAGCAUUUGAGAAUCGCCUCACUAUUCCAGCUGGGUCCAGACAGAAUUUGGCCUGCUAUCCCUAUUUCAAAAGAUAUUGUGUUUGUGAGGAUGACCAAAUCAACUGGGGCACAGUUCCUGGUACCUUUACAGGUGCCUGGUUUAAAAAGCCUGUGCUCAAAUGAAAAAUCAGGGUUGAUUUCUUAUAUAGAGGAGUACAGUGACAACUAGUCUGCCUGUUUACUGUGCACUCCGUGGUCAGAAAAUGACUUCCUAGAUGGGGUUUUCUGACUUGCAAAAGAAGCGUUGGUGUAUGUGUUUUAAGGGCCAGUCAGGCAGAAAUUGGUCCAGUGACAGAGGUGACCUUUUUCUCCAGAGGGAGCAAACUUCUGCUUCCGGAGGGGCAGGGCAGCGUGAGGAAAGCAGCCGCCUCGUGGCGGCACCGCGUACGCAGGUGUCAGUGUGUACCACUUCUCUUGCUGAAGCUUGCAGCUGGGAUGCAAAGAACCCGCUGCGUAGUAACAACUGGGGGAAGAAUUUGCAUAUUGUAACUAGCUUAUUUGUAACUAGAUUUAUUUUAAAAUAGGGGAGGAGGGUAUUCUUACUGUGCCAGCCGCAGUUGUAACCCCGAGGAUCAAUCUUUCGUGAGAGUUGUCGUGUAACUAGAGCACUUAACGUGUGCCGAGCUGGGAGCUGAUGGAGCGUGAACCCAGCCGCUGCUGUACAGCCUCGUGUACCGGCCUGUUCGUUAACUCAGUAAGGCAGGUAUCUUACAUUAAGACAGUUAAAUCCUAACACUGUCACUCGGUGGAAACAAAAGUAUUUGUACAUACUCUUGCAGCGGUGUGUCCGGGGUGGUGGGGUUUUCCAGCCGCCUUCUCUUUGAGGCUCUGAGAAAUCGCUUAACUACUCUGAUUUUCUUCGAUCCCGUUUUUUUUUCCCCCUCCCCGAGACGUGCCAGCGCUGUCCUCGAUGUGUUAGUCUUAGAUGCAUGUUUAGCGGUCGCCGGCUCCGCGUUCCCUUUUCGUUUUUACGACUAAUACUGCUUUUUAAUUACUGUUUUG